AGGGAGGGGCUUUCAGGCUAAGGAAGUAAAGAGUGGAACUGGCUCCUCUCCCAAUUCCUUGAGUCGACGAGUCAAUCUAAAUAGAAAAAUUGGCGUUCGGUGUCACCCUCCCGUUUUGGGGCUUUUCAGCGGUCUCCAGUUACGCCAUUUGGUAUAUCUUAUUUUUAGGCCAUGGAGGACGAGGAGAGACAGAAGAAGCUGGAGGCCGGUAAAGCGAAGCUUGCACAGUUUCGACAAAGAAGAGCUCAAUCUGAUGGGCAGAAUUCUUUGAAGAAACAGAAAAAAAAGAGAAAGACUUCAAGCAGUAAACAUGAUAUGUCAGCAUAUCAUGGCUUGACUGUUGACCAACCACAGAGUGAUGAGAUGCACAUAAAUAGUUCUCAGAAAGUAGAAUCAGCUGGGACUCCUGAAUCUACAAUAAUGAGAACUCUACAUAGUGAAGAAAUAAUGAAGCAUGACCAAGUUUCUGUUGAACCGGAAAGUGAAAUUUCAACUACAGCGGAUGAUUACAGUUCAGAAGUAAAUGGUUGCAGUUUUGUGGUGAGAACAGGAAAGCCUACAAAUUUAUUAAGGGAGGAAGAAUUUGGUGUUGAUGAUUCUUAUUCUGAACAAGGAGCACAGUACAGUCAGACCCACCUAGAAAUGAUGGAAAAUGAAUUAGCUGGAAAACAGCACGAGAUUGAAGAGCUAAAUAGAGAACUUGAGGAAAUGAGGGCCACCUAUGGGACUGAAGGACUACAGCAAUUGCAGGAAUUUGAAGCUGCUAUUAAACAAAGAGAUGGCAUCAUAACCCAGCUCACUGCUAAUUUACAACAAGCCAGGAAAGAAAAGGAUGAGACAAUGAGAGAAUUUUUAGAGUUGACAGAACAAAGUCAAAAAUUACAGAUUCAAUUCCAGCAUUUACAGGCUAGUGAAACUCUGAGAAACAGCACUCACAGUAGCACAGCUGCAGACUUACUACAAGCCAAACAACAGAUCCUCACUCAUCAACAACAGCUGGAAGAACAAGAUCAUCUAUUAGAAGAUUAUCAAAAAAAGAAAGAAGACUUUAAAAUGCAAAUUAGUUUCUUACAAGAGAAAAUUAAAGUAUAUGAAAUGGAACAAGAUAAAAAAGUAGAAAACUCAAAUAAAAAAGAAAUACAGGAAAAAGAGGUAAUCAUUGAGGAGUUAAAUACAAAAAUAAUGGAAGAAGAAAAAAAAGCUCUUGAGCUAAAGGAUAAAAUAACAGCUGCUGAUAAGUUACUAGCAGAAUUACAAGAACAGGUUGCACAAAAGAACCAAGAGAUAAAAAAUAUGAAAUUAGAGCUGACUAAUUCUAAGCAAAAAGAAAGACAGUGUUCCGAGGAAAUAAAACAGCUAAUGGGAACAGUUGAAGAACUUCAGAAGAAAAAUCAUAAGGAUAGCCAGUUUGAAACUGAUAUGGUACAAAGAAUGGAACAAGAAACACAAAGAAAGUUAGAACAACUCCGGGCAGAGUUAGAUGAGAUGUAUGGGCAGCAGAUAGUGCAGAUGAAACAGGAAUUAAUAAAACAACACAUGUCACAGAUAGAAGAACUUAAAACACGACAUAAAGGAGAAAUGGAUAAUGCUUUAAGAUCGUAUCCAAAUAUUACAGUUAAUGAAGAUCAAAUAAAGUUAAUGAAUGUGGCAAUAAAUGAACUGAAUAUAAAAUUGCAAGAUACUAACUCUCAAAAGGAAAAACUCAAGGAAGAACUAGGAGUAAUUUCAGGAGAAAAGUCUGCUCUACAGAGACAGCUUGAAGACCUUUUCGAAGAAUUGAGGUUUUCAAGAGACCAGAUUCAGAGAGCUAGGCAAACAAUAGCUGAACAAGAAAGUAAAUUGAAUGAAGCACAGAAAGCUCUUAGUACAGUGGAAGAUUUGAAAGCUGAAAUUGUUUCUGCAUCGGAAUCCAGGAAAGAACUAGAACUAAAACAUGAAGCAGAAGUUACCAAUUACAAGAUAAAACUUGAAAUGUUAGUAAGAGAGAAGGAUGCUGUGUUAGAUAGAAUGGCUGAAUCACAAGAAGCUGAAUUGGAGAGGCUGAGAACACAGCUUCUAUUUAGUCAUGAAGAAGAACUUACCAAACUGAAGGAAGAUUUAGAAAUGGAACAUCGAAUAAAUAUUGAAAAACUUAAAGAUAAUUUAGGCAUCCACUAUAAACAGCAGAUAGAUGGUUUACAGAAUGAAAUGAGUCAAAAGAUAGAAACCAUGCAGUUUGAAAAAGACAAUUUGAUAACUAAUCAGAAUCAAUUAAUUUUGGAAAUUUCAAAAUUGAAAGAUUUACAGCAGUCCCUUGUGAAUUCACAAUCAGAAGAAAUGACUCUUCAAAUCAAUGAACUCCAAAAGGAAAUUGAAAUACUUAGACAAGAAGAAAAGGAAAAGGGUACACUUGAACAAGAAGUUCAAGAAUUGCAACUUAAAACUGAAUUAUUGGAGAAACAAAUGAAGGAAAAAGAAGAUCACCUUCAAGAAAAAUUUGUACAACUUGAGGCAGAGAAUAGCAUUCUUAAAGAUGAAAAGAAAGCUCUUGAAGAGAUGUUGAAAGUAUAUAUUCCUGUUAACCAAGAAGAAGGAAUGAGUUUCAUAGACUCCAUUAAAUCCAAAUCCAAACACUGUAGCUGGCAAAAAGAAAUAGAAAUGCUUACUGAAGAAAAUAAGGACCUGAAACAACAAUGCAUUCAUCUAAAUGAAGAGAUUGAAAAGCAAAGGAACACUUUUUCAUUUGCUGAGAAAAACUUUGAAGUUAACUAUCAAGAAUUACAAGAGGAAUAUGCUUGCCUUCUCAAGGUAAAAGAUGAUUUAGAAGAAAGUAAAAAUAAGCAAGAAUUAGAGUUUGAAAGUAAACUUAAAGAACUUAAUGAGGAGCUCCACUUGCAAAGAGUAAACCCAACUACAGUGAAAACAAAAAGUUCUAUCUUAGACGAUGACAAAAUGUCUAUGGCAGAAUCAUUAGAAAUUGGUGAGGUUGUUGAAAAAGAUACAACAGAACUUAUGGAAAAACUUGAGGUAACCAAGCGAGAAAAAUUAGAACUGUCAGAGAGACUGUCUGACCUUUCUGAACAGUUAAAACAGAAACAUGGUGAGAUUAGUUUUCUAAGUGAAGAAGUUAAAUCUUUAAAGCAAGAGAAAGAAGAAGUUUUAUUGAGAUGUAGAGAACUAGAAAUCAUCAUUAACCAUAAUAGGUCAGAAAGUGAAAAUGUGUAUGAUACUCAGUUAAGUUCAUUAAAAGAUGGAGUUCUGACUGUGGCAGGCAGAGAUGCUGGAAGAUCACUUUACAAAAUAAACAGGGAUUUUGGUGAAGAAUCAAAAAUAGAAGUGGAAGAUAAAAUUCCUCUUGAAAAUGUGACUAUUAAAAAAGAAAGCAAGCAAGAACAACUGGUUUUGGAUCACUUGCCAUCAGUAACAAAUGAAUCAUCACUCAGAGCAACUGAACCAAGUGAAAGAGAGAAACUUCAGCAGGAACUUAGUGUACUUAAGUCAGAGCAGGAUGAUUUAAGGCUGCAGAUGGAAGCCCAGCGCAUAUGUCUUUCUCUGGUUUAUUCAACUCAUGUGGAUCAGGUUCGUGAAUAUAUGGAAAAUGAAAAAGAUAAAGCUCUUAGCAGUCUUAAAGAAGAGCUUAUUUCUAAUCAUGAGGAAAAGAUCAAGGAACUUCAGAAAAUACAUCGGUUAGAGCUACAGAAUAUAAAAACUCAAGAAACAGAUGGUGAAGCAAAGCCUUUACAGAUGCUCAUUGGAAAACUUCAAAAGGCAGUGUCUGAAGAAUGUUCUCAUUUUUCACAGACUUUAUGCAGUGCCAUUGGUGAAUAUUAUACUCCUGCUUUAAAAUGUGGAGUAGAUGUAAACGAGAGAGAGAAUACUGGUGUUUGUGCUUUUGAGAAUCAGAAACGAGAAUUACAAGACUAUAGAUAUGAAGUUCAAGACUUUCAAGAAAACAUGCAAACUCUUCUUAACAAAGUAACAGAAGAAUACAACAAACUCGUGGUACUUCAGACACGAUUAAGCAAGGAACAGCAAACAGAUGGUGUGAAACUUGAAUUUACGGAAGAAAACCUAUCAAAGGAGGAAUCAGAGUUUUUAUCAGUUCAUUCUCAGAUGACAGAUGCCAAUUAUAAAAGCCAGUUAUCACCUCUGGAAGAUACUGAAAAAAUUAAACUUGAAGAACAAGUUCAUGAGUUAGAAAAUGUGAUAUCCUCUUUGCAGAAACAAUUGAAAGAUACUGAAGAAAACUAUGGGGCAGAGGUCCAUUAUUUGCAGGAGAGGCUUCAGGCUGUUAAUGAGUCCACGGUUCAACCAAGCCUCUCCAUUGACUCAGUGGUAUUUACAGAAUCUGAUGUUCAGAGAACUAUGUACCCUGGAAGUUGUCUAAAAGAGAAUAGUGAUGGUACAAUAGAGUUUUCUGGUGAAUUUGAAGUGAAUCAGAAAACAGAUGUGAUUGAGUUGCUGGAAAAGCAGUACCAAGAACGAUUAGAGGAAGAAGUAGCUAAGGUAAUUGUAUCAAUGAGUAUAGCAUUUGCUCAACAAACUGAACUGUCUAGGAUAUCAUCUGGAGGGAAAGAAAAUACUGCAUCAUCAAAACAAGCACAUGUUUAUAGUCAGCAGGAAGAACAGCAUUAUUUUAAUGAUGUGAAAUCAUCACAAGGUCAAGUUAGCUUUCAGACUUUUGAGGCUCCAGAUAUGAAACUUAAAGAAGAAUUUAAACCACUGAGUAAAGAGUUAGGAGAAGAAAGAAAGGAAGUUCUAUUAUCAAAUGAUGAUCUUGACGACAUGCAAGAAUCAAAGGACCAUGAACUGACUAUUUCAGAAGAAAUCUUUUCAAAAGAUAAAGGAUAUGUUGUCAGAGAAUCCAUCCAUGAUGACAUUUUGGUGUCAAGCAUGGAUGCUUCUAGACAGCUGAUGUUAAAUGAAGAACAGCUGGAAGAUAUGAGGCAGGAACUUGUACGACAAUACCAAGAACAUCAACAGGCAACAGAACUGUUAAGACAGGCACACAUGCGACAAAUGGAGAGACAGCGAGAAGACCAAGAACAGCUACAAGAAGAGAUUAAAAGACUUAAUAGACAAUUAGCCCAGAGAUCCUCAAUAGAUAAUGAAAACCUGGUUUCAGAGAGAGAGAGGGUGCUUUUAGAGGAGCUGGAAGCACUAAAGCAGCUGUCUUUAGCUGGAAGAGAGAAGCUGUGUUGUGAGCUGCGCAACAGCAGUACGCAAACACAGAAUGGAAAUGAAAACCAAGGGGAAGUUGAGGAACAGACAUUUAAAGAGAAGGAAUUGGACAGAAAACCUGAAGAUAUGCCUCCUGACAUUCUGUCCAAUGAAAGGUAUGCACUUCAGAAAGCUAAUAAUAGACUUCUGAAGAUCCUCUUAGAAGUUGUAAAGACAACAGCAGCUGUUGAAGAAACAAUUGGUCGCCAUGUCCUUGGGAUUCUGGACAGAUCUAGUAAAGGCCAGUCAUCUGCCAGCCUGAUUUGGAGGUCAGAAGCAGAGGCAUCUGUAAAGUCAUGUGUCCAUGAAGAACACACAAGAGCAACCGAUGAAUCCAUAUCCUCUUAUUCGGGAAGUGAUAUCCCAAGAAAUGAGAGUAACAUGUGGUCAAAAGUAACUGAAGAAGGAACAGAACUGUCCCAACGUCUUGUGAGGAGUGGUUUUGCUGGAACUGAAAUAGACCCUGAAAAUGAAGAGCUUAUGCUGAACAUUAGCUCUCGACUACAAGCAGCAGUUGAAAAACUUCUGGAAGCUAUAAGUGAAACUAGUAGUCAGCUCGAACAUGCGAAAGUUACACAGACGGAGUUGAUGCGUGAGUCAUUUAGACAGAAACAAGAGGCUACUGAAUCUCUUAAAUGCCAGGAAGAAUUACGAGAGCGCCUUCAUGAGGAGAGCCGAGCCAGAGAACAACUGGCUGUGGAGCUCAGUAAGGCUGAGGGUGUCAUUGAUGGUUAUGCAGAUGAGAAGACUCUUUUUGAAAGGCAAAUUCAGGAGAAAACUGAUGUUAUAGAUCGUCUUGAGCAGGAGUUGUUAUGUGCAGGUAAUAGAUUGCAAGAAUUAGAAGCAGAACGACAGCAGAUCCAAGAAGAAAGAGAAUUACUCUCCAGACAGAAGGAGGCUAUGAAAGCAGAGGCAGGCCCAGUCGAACAACGACUAGUAGAUGCUGCAGAUGAUGCAGCACCGGGAACAGAAUUACUACAGGAGACAGAAAAAUUAAUGAAGGAAAAACUAGAAGUACAGUGUCAAGCUGAAAAAGUGCGUGAUGACCUUCAAAAACAAGUGAAAGCUCUAGAAAUAGAUGUUGAGGAACAAGUCAGUAGGUUUAUAGAGCUGGAACAAGAAAAAAAUGCUGAACUAAUGGAUUUAAGACAGCAAAACCAAGCACUGGAAAAACAGCUAGAAAAAAUGAGAAAAUUUUUAGAUGAACAAGCCAUUGAUAGAGAACACGAGAGAGAUGUAUUCCAACAAGAAAUACAGAAACUUGAACAGCAGCUUAAGGUUGUACCUCGAUUCCAGCCCAUUAGUGAACAUCAAACUAGGGAGGUUGAACAGUUAACCAAUCAUCUGAAAGAAAAAACAGACAAGUGCAGUGAGCUCUUGCUUUCCAAAGAACAGCUACAGAGGGAUAUACAAGAGCGGAAUGAAGAAAUUGAGAAAUUAGAGUUCAGAGUAAGGGAACUAGAGCAAGCCUUACUUGUUAGUACGGACACUUUUCAAAAGGUUGAGGAUCGAAAACAGUUUGGAGCUGUAGAAGCUAAAACAGAAUUGUCCCUAGAAGUUCAACUGCAGGCUGAGCGAGAUGCCAUAGACAGAAAGGAAAAAGAGAUCACAAACUUAGAAGAACAAUUAGAGCAGUUUAGAGAAGAACUGGAAAAUAAGAAUGAAGAAGUUCAGCAACUACAUAUGCAAUUAGAAAUACAGAAAAAAGAAUCUACUACCCGCUUACAAGAACUUGAACAAGAAAACAAAUUAUUUAAGGAUGAAAUGGAGAAACUGGGAUUUGCCUUAAAAGAGUCUGGUGCUAUUUCUGCUCAGGACCAACAUGUGCUGAUGGGGAAAUUUGCUCAAAUAAUACAAGAAAAAGAAGUAGAAAUUGACCGAUUAAAUGAGCAAAUUACAAAAUUUCAGAAACAACUUAACAUUACUACAGAUAACAAAGUUGUUGAAGAAAAAAAUGAACUGAUAAGGGAUCUCGAAACUCAAAUAGAAUGUUUGAUGAGUGAUCAGGAACGUGUGAAGAGAAGUAGAGAUGAAGAAAUAGAGCAGCUCAAUGAAGUGAUUGAAAAACUACAACAGGAAUUGGCAAAAAUUGAUUCAAAGACAUCCGUAGACACAAAUUCCCUCCCAGAAGAAGCAGACAGUUUAAAACAUCAGUUAGAUAUAGUUAUAGCUGAAAAACUGGCUUUGGAACAGCAAGUAGAAACCACUAAUGAAGAAAUGACCUUCACAAAAAAUGCACUUGAAGAAACUAGUUUUAAAAUGAAUCAGCUCACACAAGAAUUAUGCAGCUUAAAAAGAGAACGUGAAAAUAUGGACAAAUUCCAAAGUGUGACAGCAAAAUGUCUUAACAUGGCUGUAGAUGAUCUGAACAAAGGCACAUCUGAACCAGAAGUAGUCCUUACUGAGGAUGCUUUUCAGUCUCUAGGAACUCACACUUAUCUCAAGUCUUUCGAAGAAAACAAGGAAGUUUCCUUAAGUUGCUUGAAAACAAAGUUGCUACAACUUGAAAACACUGUUAGUGCAAAGGACUUAGAACUUUCCCAGUGUUAUAAACAAAUAAAAGACAUGCAAGAGCAAGGCCAGUCGGAAACAGAAACACUGCAAAAGAAGAUUGUAAACCUACAGAGUAUACUUGAAGAAAAUGUAGCUGCUGCUCUUGUGAGUCAAGUUCAACUUGAAGCAGUUCAGGAAUAUGUAAAGUUUUGUCAGAAUAAACAAGUGAGUUCUUCAGAAUCUGAGAGGACAGAUAAACAGAAUUUAAAUCACAUAACAGAAAAUGAGAUGGAGUCAAAGUUGUCAACGUUAACCUUGAGAAUAUCAGAAUUAGAAAGCCAGGUGGUUGAAAUGCACACUAGUUUGGUUUUAGAAAAAGAACAAGUAGAAAUUGCAGAGAAAAAUGCAUUGGAAAAAGAAAAGAAGCUACUAGAACUACAGAAGCUUUUGGAGGAUUGUGAGAAAAAACAAGAAGGGGAAGAGAGGAAAAAUAGCCUUCAAGGGGAUUUUGAAGUUUUCAAGACAACUACUGAGUUAAUUUAUACCAGUGAAGAAAGAUUUUUUGGUGAACUUGAGGCUCUUAGAACUGAGUUAGCAGCUGCCAAAGAAGAACUUUCAAGUUAUAAAGAAAAGGCAGAAAAACUUCAAGAGGAGCUUUUGAUAAAAGAAAGAAAUAUGGCAUCUCUUCAGAAAGAUUUAAGCCAUGUUAGGGAUCAACUCACAGAGGCAGAAGACAAACUAUCCCACUUCUUAGAAAAAGAAGAUAAGACUGAGGUACAAGACAGUCGAAAGAUCUGCAUAUUAGAACCGCUUCCUACUACAGUGGGUAGAAGCUCUGCAUCUCAGACGGACAAGACUCCCAAGGUCAAUAGCAGCAAUCAGACCCCACAAAUUCCUGUUAGGAAUGCAGGAAUCCAGAUUGAUCUACAGAAUGAAUGUUCCUCAGAAGAAGUCACUGAAAUAAUCAGUCAGUUUACUGAAAAAAUUGGGCAGAUGAGAGAACUACAUGCUGCUGAAAUUUUGGAUAUGGAAUCUAGACAUAUUUCAGAAACUGAAACCUUAAAGAGGGAUCAUUAUGUUGCUGUUCAGUUACUGAAAGAGGAAUGUGCCACCUUGAAGGCAGUGAUACAGUGUCUGAGGACUAAAGAGGGAUCCUCAAUUCCUGAAUUAACACAUUCUGAUGCUUACCAAAGUAGAGAAGUGUGUUCCAGUGAUUCUGGAUCAGACUGGGGUCAGGGAAUUUAUCUUACACAGAGUCAGGGAUUUGACAUAGGAUCAGAAGGACGGGAAGAAGGUGAAAGUUCAACAGAUUCAUUUCCAAAGAAAAUAAAGGGCUUACUGAGAGCUGUCCAUAAUGAGGGCAUGCAAGUGCUUUCCCUCACAGAGUCUCCCUAUAGUGAUGGAGAAGAUCUUUCUGUUCAGCAAGUUCCAGAAUAUUGGCUAGAAGAGAGAAGAGCUUACCUCAGUACAAUCUCAUCUCUUAAAGAUUUAAUCACCAAAAUGCAAGUGCAAAGAGAAGCUGAGGUUUAUGAUAGUUCUCAAUCUCAUGAGAACUUUACAGACUGGCGAGGUGAUCUUCUGCUUGCCCUUCAACAAGUUUUCUUAAAGGAGCGCAGUGUUUUACUAGCCGCCUUUCAAACUGAACUAACAGCUCUAGGUACCAGAGAUGCAGUUGGAUUAUUAAACUGUUUGGAACAGAGACUACAAGAACAGAGUAUAGAAUUUCGAGCAGCCAUGGAAUGUCUUCAAAAAGCAGAUCGAAGGAGUUUGUUAUCUGAAAUCCAAGUACUGCAUGCCCAAAUGAAUGGUAGAAAAAUGAUUCUGAAAAGAGAACAAGAGAGUGAUAAACCAAGUCAAGAGCUCUUGGAAUAUAAUAUGCAGCAGAAGCAGUCUCAGAUGCUGGAGAUGCAGGUGGAGCUCAGCAGUGUGAAAGACAGAGCAACAGAGCUGCAGGAGCAGCUGAGUUCUGAGAAAAUGGUGGUUGCCGAACUGAAGAGCGAACUUGCACAAACUAAAUUGGAACUAGAGACGACACUCAAGGCACAGCAUAAGCACCUCAAGGAAUUAGAGGCAUUCAGGUUGGAAGUUAAAGAUAAGACAGAUGAAGUACAUUUGCUCAAUGAUACAUUAGCGAGUGAACAGAAAAAAUCAAGAGAGCUCCAGUGGGCUUUGGAGAAAGAGAAAGCCAAAUUGGGACGCAAUGAAGAACGAGAUAAAGAAGAACUUGAGGAUUUGAAAUUUUCACUUGAGGCUCAAAAACAAAGGAAUAUCCAGCUAAAUUUACUUUUAGAACAACAGAAACAACUACUAAAUGAAUCGGAGCAGAAAAUAGAGUCACAAAGAAUGCUAUAUGAUGCCCAGUUAUCAGAAGAACAAGGUCGAAACUUAGAGCUUCAAGUACUUCUUGAAUCCGAAAAAGUUCGGAUUCGAGAAAUGAGUAGUACUCUUGAUAGGGAGCGGGAAUUGUAUGCACAGCUGCAGAGCAAUGAGGAUGGUGGGGAGUCUCGGCCUUCUUUACCAUCUGAGGACCUACUUAAAGAACUACAAAAACAGCUAGAGGAAAAACACAGUCGCAUAGUAGAAUUAUUAAAUGAAUCUGAGAAAUAUAAACUGGAUUCUUUGCAAACAAGACAGCAAAUGGAAAAAGAUAGGCAGGUUCAUAAAAAGACAUUGCAGACAGAACAAGAGGCCAACACUGAGGGACAAAAAAAAAUGCAUGAGCUCCAGUCCAAAGUGGAAGAUCUUCAGCGCCAACUGGAAGAAAAACGGCAACAAGUUUAUAAGUUAGACCUUGAAGGAAAGCGAUUACAGGGAAUUAUGCAGGAAUUCCAGAAACAAGAACUGGAACGAGAUGAAAAAAGAGAAAAUAGAAGAAUUCUGUAUCAGAAUCUUAAUGAGCCAACCACAUGGAGUUUAACCAGUGAUCGAACUAGAAACUGGGUUCUUCAACAGAAAAUAGAAGGUGAAACAAAGGAGUCAAGCUAUCCAAAACUGAUUGAAAUGAAUGGAGGAGGAACUGGCUGUAAUCAUGAAUUAGGAAUGAUCCUACAAAUGCUACAACAUGUAGCUUCAAAACUACAGCAUCUAGCUCGGAAAGCCUCUACUAGACUACAGUUUGAAACAGCAGAUGAUGAAGAUUUCAUGUGGGUUCAGGAAAAUAUUGAUGGUAUUAUUUUACAACUACAGAAGUUAAUUGGCCAGCCAGGUGAAGAGCUGAGCUUAGUGUCCCCAAGUACAUCCUGUGGCUCACUGACUGAAAGACUACUGAGACAGAAUGCUGAGCUGACAGGACAUAUCAGCCAAUUGACUGAAGAAAAGAAUGAUUUAAGGAACAUGGUUAUGAAGCUGGAAGAGCAGAUCAGGUGGUAUCGGCAGACAGCUGGCAGAGAUUAUUCUUCUAGGCUUUCGUUCAGUGGUGGUGCCAACAUUGAAGCCAUCAUUGCGUCCGAAAAAGAAGUAUGGAGCAGAGAAAAAUCAGCUCUCCAGAAGUCUUUGAAAAGGGCAGAAGCUGAAAUAUAUAAACUGAAAGCUGAACUAAGAAAUGAUGCUUUACUUCAAAAUCUAAGCCCUGAUUCUGAACAUGUCACUUUAAAGAGAAUUUAUGGUAAAUACCUGAGGGCAGAAAGUUUUCGAAAAGCUCUCAUUUAUCAAAAGAAAUACCUGCUGCUGUUACUGGGUGGAUUCCAGGAAUGCGAAGAUGCCACCCUGGCCCUGCUGGCUCGAAUGGGGGGGCAACCGGCCUUCACUGACCUAGAGGUGAUCACCAACCGUCCAAAAGGCUUCACUAGGUUUCGGUCAGCUGUCAGAGUAUCCAUUGCUAUUUCGAGAAUGAAAUUUUUGGUUCGACGGUGGCAUCGAGUCACAGGUUCUGGUUCUAUCAAUAUUAACAGGGAUGGCUUUGGACUGAAUCCAGGUGUUGAAAAGACUGACCCAUUUUACCACUCUCCUGGUGGGCUGGAGCUGUACGGAGAACCAAGACACACUGCGUAUCGCUCCAGAUCAGAUCUGGACUAUCCUAGGUCUCCUGUGCCAUUUCAGAAUAGGUACCCAGGCACUCCAGCUGAUCUAAAUCCUGGUUCCUUAGCAUGUUCCCAGCUUCAAAAUUAUGAUCCUGACAGAGCCCUGACAGAUUAUAUCACUCGGCUAGAGGCACUGCAAAGACGACUUGGAACUGUACAGUCAGGUUCAACUACUCAGUUUCAUGCUGGCAUGAGAAGAUAAUCCUUGAAACAUCAUUAACUGAAGUAAUUUUAAAGAAAUUCCCUUUUGUAAAUCAAUGGUUCUUUUGUGCUUUUGUAUUGUGAAUAUUCAAUGGGACCAAUAUGAACACAGCUUAUGAUUGUAUACAGACCCUGCCAGCACAUGAAAACAAACUGGAAUUUGUAAAUAUAAGCAUUGUGUAUGUAUCCAUGCACAAUAAUCAUUAAUUACAUGUAUAUUUGUGGAAUGCUAAUUUAAAUGAUUAAAUUAUAAACCUUGUGUAUUUAUCAAAUGGGUGAAAAGAUUAAACUUUUGCGCAUCAUGAUACUGCUGAAUGUGUAGCUUGAGGUGUCCUGCACUUUUCUUAUAAGGCUACUGAAGUUACAUGUUUCUGCCUAAUAUAUUUGCUACUGGUGAUAAAGAGAUAAUAUCACUUGUAGAGACCUAUUUUUGUAUAAUGGUAGAAGUUUUGAAUUUUAUGGGGUAUUUUGUCAAGUACUGAAAUAAAAAUGACUUCACCAUUUUCACCACA